AUGAUGUCCUUUGCUCAAGUGGCUAAAAGAUCAGCUUCGGCUGGUUUGAGAAAGCAGGUUCUCAUCUCCAGAUCCCUCCGAACCUCCGCCCCAUCAUCAGCCCUCAGCAAAUUCUCCAUGCCAGCCAUGUCGCCGACGAUGACAGAGGGUGGUAUUGCCUCGUGGAAAGUUAAAGAAGGAGACUCGUACGCUGCUGGUGAUGUCUUGGUGGAAAUUGAGACUGAUAAAGCUACGAUCGAUGUUGAGGCUCAAGAUGAUGGUGUUUUGGCCAAGAUCAUUGUCCAAAACGGUGCUAAGGGAAUCGCCGUCGGUACACCCAUCGCAGUAAUCGGAGAAGAAGGAGAUGACCUCUCAGGUGCAGACAAAUUAGCUUCUGAAUCAGAGGGUGAAUCAGCCCCACCACAGAAGAAAGAGGAAGAAACUCCAAAGGAACAACAACAAGAAUCUAAACCUGCUGAAUCUUCUGAGAGCAAGACCCCUUCGUUGGGUACACCUAAAGAUGAGACCAAAUAUGGAUCAGGAAGUGGUGGUAGAGAAGUUCAACAGGUACCGGAGCUACCUGGACAAGGUGAUAAACCCAAGUUCUUCGCUUCUCCUUUAGCUAGGAAGUUGGCUUUGGAGAAAGGUAUUCCAUUGGCGCAGAUUAAAGGUACUGGACCAGAGGGCAGGAUCGUCAAGGAGGAUGUUGAGAAGUACAAGGGAGGUGCCUCUUCAUCUACCGCUACUACCCCAACCUCAGGUGCUACCACCACUCCAGGUAAAGCUGCCCCUGCUGCUCCUGCCGAGUACGAGGACAUCCCCACUUCCAACAUGAGAAAGACGAUCGGUAAACGAUUGACCGAAUCCAAGCAACAAUUACCUCACUACUACUUGACCGUCGAGGUCAACAUGGACCGAUUGCUCAAACUCAGGGAGAUGUUCAACAAGGCUGGUGAAGGAAAGACCAAACUUUCGGUUAACGAUUUCAUCGUAAAGGCCGCUUCCCUUGCUCUUGCCGAAGUACCCGAAGCCAACUCCGCCUGGUUAGGUGACGUGAUCCGACAAUACAAGAAAGCCGAUAUCUGCGUUGCUGUCGCUACCCCCAACGGACUCAUCACACCUAUAAUCAAGGAUGUUGGAUCCAAGGGACUCGCUUCCAUCUCAGCCGAGACCAAAGCUUUAGCAUCAAAGGCUAGGGAAGGUAAAUUGAAACCUGAAGAAUACCAGGGAGGUACAUUUACAAUCUCAAACUUGGGAAUGUUCGGUAUCGACAACUUCACUGCUAUCAUCAACCCACCUCAAUCUUGUAUCUUGGCCAUCGGUAAGACAUCGACGAAAUUGGAAUUGGCACCUGAAGACCCCAAGGGGUUCAAGACGGUUCAAGUUAUGAAAGCUACUUUGUCGUCCGAUCACCGAACGGUCGAUGGUGCGGUCGGUGCUAAAUGGUUGAAAGCCUUUAAGGAUUACAUGGAACAACCUUUAACUUUCAUGCUUUAA